CGCAAAUGACAGCUGUCAUUCGCUCGCUGCACAAAAACAUUCUCGACCAAAAUACGCAGAACACGCAAAAGCAAAAAAUAUAUUACACUACAAGGCGAACCCAGUGAAAUUCCCAGUUUCUGUUUAACUUUUUGGUAGUUGUUUCAUUCCAUUGAAGCUAUAGUUUUUACACUCUCGGUAGAUCAAACCUUUGUACGAUGGGAAACGCGGGAAGCAAUUUACCCCGGGAGCGCCAUAAAUCCGGAUCCAAUGAUCCAAUUCCGGGCUCUCCGAUGAAGGACGAUCAGGCGUUCGUGUUCGAUCGCAAGCCACACAUCCACGGGUAUCCGUUUGCGACCGAGGAGGAGGUAGAACCGUACGGUUAUUCGAAAUCCGUACCGGAUCCGGAGUUUAUGCGUGAACCGCGCAAACGGUCGAGCACCAUGUCCGAGGGUACGACACCGUCCGAUUUACCAGCUGGUGCGGAUGGACAGCAGGAAGAGGAACCGCAGUCGACCACACUGCCGACCGUGUUCAAAUGGGACGGUGGUGGCAAACAGGUGUUCAUCAGCGGAACGUUCUCCCAGUGGAAGGUUCUGCCAAUGGUGAAAUCACACGCAGAUUUUGUCACCAUCAUCAACAUCCCGGAGGGGGACCACCAGUAUAAGUUUCUUGUCGACGGCGAAUGGAAACAUGAUCCAAAGCUGAAAAAUGUCGAAAAUGAUUCGGGCUACACGAACAAUCUUGUAACGGUGCGUCAGUCCGAUUUUGAAGUAUUCCAAGCGCUGGCUAAGGACAGCGAAGAUACGGGCAAGGAUGAAUCGAAAGAGUGGGGUCAAGAUAUCCCGACUGCCAGACCCUGGGGUAAGGAAUCGGGACCACCCAUCUUGCCGCCCCAUCUCCUGCAGGUCAUUCUCAACAAGGACACUCCACUGUCGUGCGAACCAACACUUCUUCCCGAACCGAACCACGUCAUGCUGAAUCACCUGUACGCCCUUUCGAUCAAGGACGGUGUCAUGGUGCUGAGUGCGACACAUCGCUACCGGAAGAAAUACGUUACCACACUGCUCUACAAACCGAUCUAGAGAUGUGGUGGUGAGGGUUUCAUAAUUUUCCCAACCUAGUGGGGAGUCCUGUGACAACGGGAUGUAUCCCCUCAGGCUGGGGAGACAUAUUAGAUAGGGGACUACGGGAUAAUCCAAAACGGAAAACCAAAGCUAACAAGCUUACAACUGGAUGAUAGUUGAAUGGAAAAAAAAGAGGACAAACACACAUCCGCACACGAUUCGGAUCGAUUGGUUCCUGUUGGUUUGUGUCCUAUUUUAUAGGGGGGGCGGGAGAAGAUAUAAACUGUGAGCAGCGUUACAUAAAAUUAGACCACCAGGGUCACAAAAGCUAAAUGUAUUUUAUUCCCUCACAGUUUGUUGAUUAUAUUGCAUAGUUUGUAGUUACCUAGACAAAAUGUCCGAUACGAUUCGAAAACAGAAAACAAACGUUAAAAAAAGCUAACAUUAUGUAGGAAGCGCGUGCCUGAAGAAAAUUAUUUGUAAAAUGGAAAAGGUUAGGGAAAGAGAGGGGACGCAAAUUACGCGACAUGUUUUUAAUUGCUUUCAGUUUCUAAUGACGAUUGCUUACGAUGACGAAUCUUCGUGUAAAUAUGCUGAAUAUGAUGAUAUCGGUUAAACCAAGAAUAAAGUUUUUCACACACACACAUACAGACA